AUGUCGUCGUCGAAAUACCCCGCACUCCCAACCUCCGACCCGUCUCCAAACCCAACGGAGGAAACUCGAAAAAAACGAAUCGAGUUUUGGCAGCGAUUGUGCGACGCCGUGCGUGAACGCGAGGCAACGCCGAGAGAUCCAUUCGAAGCUCUGAAAGGAUGGAACGUGUCUGCGAGCAAACGCGUGAUAAAGGGUAAUAAUUCGAGACAUUACGACGCGUACUAUUUCGACGAGGAUGGAAAUCGGUACCGGAGUAAACCCGAGGUGUUUAAGUUUUUGGAUUCGGGAAUCAAAGGGAAACCAUCAGUAAAGGAAGAGACGACGACGAAGAAGACGAAAUCGUCGGCGCCGACGACGAAUGCCGACGCCGCGCGAAAGAAGGAGAAAGGCAAAAAUGAAGAAGGGAAAAAAGCAGACGAGGAUAUGGUGGAAACGCGCGAGAAAGAAACGCAUACCAUGUCGUUACAAGGAAAUCGAUUGAAGCGCAAGACAUCGGAAGCGAGAGAGGAGUGGGCAAAAUUACCUAUAGCAUCUUCGGCGAUUGGAUUAGCGAGGCCUCACGACGCAUAUCAGCAGCAACAACAACAACAAGGAGGACAUUCAUCGCUUAAGAAACCUAGAAUAAUAGAACAAAGGCAGAUGGUUCAGGAACAACAACAACCAAAAGUUACGAGACGACACGAUUGUAAAAAUUUCUUCAACGUGGUGUCAUCACAGGAGAAGUUAGAUUUGAUUCGGAUGGUAACUGGGGCGACGGUGACAGUGGACGCGAAGACUCCUACGGGUUUGGUUGUCGAAGGGACAGAACAGGAAGUUCGCAGAGGUGUGAACAAAAUAAACGAGAUGAUUGAAAAUACCAGAGAGAGGAAUCGACUCCUUAGCGAACGCGCGACGAAGCAAUCGAUGAAGCCGUUAAACGUAAUGUCGAUAAUAUCAGCCGUGAAAGGUGAAGACAAAGACAAUAGCAUUAGACCACCGACAUCGUUGCAUUCGAUGAACUCGAACGGGACGCACAUAUCGCCGCCAAAUGGAAAGUCUAUGUCGGCGUCGCCGACGACUUUGGCAGAUGCGUUUGUCCCGGAAGCCGUUCGAUUUGGCUCGGAUGCGUUCAUAAAUAAAGUACGCACAAGUAUUCGCGAGAACAAAAUGUUCUCGGAAGUGAGCAGCACAGGUAGAGAAGCGUAUCGCUUUGUGAAGAAACACGGCGACGUUGGUGCGGAUAAAAUUUUUGAAGGUUUAAAAGAGCUCGCGGAUGAAAACGUGGAAACUGACGCCGUGAUUGCUAGUGGUAGUGGUGUUGGCGACGACAACGAUGAUGAUUCCGAAAUGAAACUUGAAAUUGAGCGUAAAAUAGUACCGUUAGCCUUGUGUUCAGCCAUAAUGAAAGCGGCAAUCGAGGACGUACACAGCUCCGAAGGUGGGAGCUCCGAUAUACUCGCCGUGGCCGUGAAAGCGAAAGGAUUCGUCGUCGAAAAUAUACAAAAGUAUCUCCGGCCGAUGCUCAGAGGUAUCAUGCGUGGCGAAUCGCAACUGUCCCAAGACAUCAAUCUCCGGAAACGUGCAUACGAUAUCGCCAAGAAAACACAGUUGAAAUGCAUCGCAUUUCUCGACGAGUGGUCCAACAACACCAACUUUGGCGAUUUAUCCAAGCACGAAACCAUUCAACCGGCGAAAGACGUUUUAAGCGAACUCCGAAGACGCGCGAAAGACCGAAUUGAGGGCAAACAUCGUCGUCCAAGCGUUGGCACUGGAACAACAGGAGCGUACCAAUCCACCGGUCACCGCCUCAUAGACCGCGUUCAACGCCCGGAAGCGAAAAUCAAAAUCGACAGCGACCUCUCCAUAGCGAUGAAGAAAAGUACCGGCGAAAACGGCGACGAGGAAGACCACCACGAGGACCUCGCGUUCUCCCUCGAAAACCAAUACGGCGGGUUUGCCGGUGCACCGACGCAACUCGGCGACUUUUCUAUGCUCCGAAGCGAUCUCUCUCUCUCGCAUCUCGAAGUAGGAGAACAACAACAACAACAAAAGGUCUCGGAAGCGGCGGCGCCUCCUCCGGAAACCUUCGCGCCGCCGCGAGACCCAACCCCAGAACCGCCCUCCUCUCAAGCACCAUUCGACGUGGUCGAAGAGGGAGAAGUGCAACGAGGCGCGACAGAAGAAGUGCCAUCUGAAUGGGAUUAG